AAGCUUCGGUGUCAAAAGAUUCCAAUCCCGACCCGACAGGUUGACACGUAAGAGUCAAAGGUCAAACCUUCAUGUCCCAAAAAUACUUUCCUAAAUUCCCCAAAUUUACAGACAGAGUCAGAGCACAGAGACACUUGUUUACGACGAAGGAGAAAGAGAGAAAACCGAAGAUUGGCGAGAAAUGUCUUUCGUUGCAGCUAGGUUUUUCAGGCUGUUAGCUCCUGCAUCUGGAGCCAACUCUUCUGUGGUUUCUUCUUCGAGAAGUGUAAGCACUGCCGCAGCUGGAGCCACCAAGAAGUCGGCGGCUAAAUCGAAGGCCAAACCUAAGCCAAAGCCAAAAUCAGUCUCUCCGGCGAAGAAGACGCCGAGGUCCACCGGCAUCUUCAAGGCGACUCCUGUGUCUCCAGCUCUGGCUCAGUUCCUUGGUACCGGUGAAACUACACGUACCGACGCCAUCAAGGAGAUUUGGACCUAUGUCAAGUCCCAUGAUCUUCAGAAUCCUGCUGACAAGAGGGAGAUUUUCUGCGAUGAGAAACUGAAGCAAAUCUUUCAAGGGAAAGACAAAGUCGGGUUUCUGGAGAUUACAAAGCUCUUGUCCCCGCAUUUUGUGAAGACUGCUUGACAAUUUGCUCAACAUGGAAGCUACUGAUAAAGCCCUUUUUUUUCUUCUUCCAGUGACUUGUUAACGUUGUCAAUAUCUUUUCACUCUUUUCCUGUCUGUUUUAAUGAUCCCGAACAUGGUUUGACUAAUGUUGUUGACUUGUGAAGAAAUGUGUUUGCAUGAGUUUGAAAACUCUUCUAAUGUAAAUCUAAACGCAUGGGCUCGGUCGAGCCAAG